AUGAGGAGCUUCUUCUUGAAAGGGUCUAUUAUAGCCAUUUUUCUUUUGGCGAUUUUUUUGGUCAGUGAAGCUCAGCAGUGUCGUCCUAGUGGAAGAAUUAGGGGAAGGAAGCCCCCUCCUGGACAAUGCAACACGGAGGACGACUCUGACUGCUGUAAAGCUGGAAAAAUGUACCCAACAUACACUUGCUCUCCACCUAUGUCCGGCAACACCCAAGCCUACCUCACUCUUAACAGCUUCGAGGCAGGAGGUGAUGGAGGAGGCCCAUCAGAAUGUGACGGUCAGUACCACGAUGACAACACUCCAGUUGUGGCACUGUCCACUGGAUGGUACAAUGGCGGAUCAAGAUGCCUUAAGAACAUUAGAAUUAACGGUAAUGGGCAGAGUGUUGUGGCCAUGGUGGUAGAUGAGUGUGACUCCACUGAAGGAUGUGAUGCAGAUCAUGAUUACCAGCCUCCUUGUCCUAACAACAUUGUUGAUGCUUCUAAGGCUGUCUGGAAAGCAUUGGGUGUGUCUGAAGACAAUUGGGGUGGCUUAGAUAUAACAUGGUCCGACCAAUGCCGUCCUAGUGGAAGAAUCAGAGGAAGGAAGCCCCCUCCUGGACAAUGUAACAAGGAGGACGACUCUGACUGCUGUAAAGCUGGAAAAAUGUACCCAACAUACACAUGCUCGCCACCUAUGUCUGGAAACACCCAAGCCUACCUCACUCUUAACAGCUUCGAAGCAGGAGGUGACGGAGGAGGCCCAUCCGAAUGUGACGGACAAUACCACGAUGACAACACUCCAGUUGUGGCAUUGUCCACCGGAUGGUACAACGGUGGAUCAAGGUGCCUUAAGAACAUCAGAAUUAACGGUAAUGGGCAAAGCGUGGUAGCCAUGGUCGUGGAUGAGUGUGACUCUACUGAAGGAUGUGAUGCAGACCAUGAUUACCAGCCUCCUUGUCCUAACAACAUCGUUGAUGCCUCCAAGGCUGUCUGGAAAGCCUUAGGUGUGUCUGAGGACAACUGGGGCGGCUUAGAUAUCACUUGGUCCAACGCUUAG